CUAAUCUUAGUGGGGCCACUGAAAUCCUCCGCUGGCAUGCGCCUUUCUCUUUCAUGUACGUCGCCCUAUGUCGCCCUUGUGGCCAGUUGUGGACAUGGAUUGACUACGGGCUCGCACCUCGUGGAUUGACGGCAGAACCACCCCUUCGCGUCCAACCGCGUCCCGCUCCGGGCGCAGGCCGGUAGCUCCACGGUGCAGGACUUGAGCCUCUCUAUUCACAGGAAAGCUGUUUCUCCGGUUGCGUCGGGAACAACUUUACCGACACGGUGGUGAUGGUAAGGCGUCCUCGGUCUCAUGUCUACUCCAUGUACCAGGCAGACCGGUGAACUUUACAGAGAGGUUUUGAGUAAACUACAAGCAAUCCCCGGGCAGAAAAAUCAUCAUCUCGGCAACUUCACUGGAUGGGUGAACGAAUGGCGCGACCGGCCACGCUUCGGUCACCUGGGUGGUAGACUGGGUGCUUGUGAAGAUUCUGUCCCUACAACCUGCAGACCGAUCCGGCUGGUAUGCGACAGAUCAUCGCCUUAUCCAUCCGAUCCGGUGGUGUGAGAUACUGCUAUGGCGACCCUGGCGACCCACGGGGCCAUGAGGAAUUUAAAUGCCGCAACAGCACUGGGGGUGACAGAAGCAUACCAUGAGUCCGUGUGCCUGUUCCACGCACAUUUCCUGAACUCGCUUCCGGCCCAUUGCAAGUGCCAGAACCCAGAGGUUUGGGUUUCUUACGUGGCCACCGAUGCAGCGUAUGGAGUGAGCUACGGCAGAAGCAUUGACGAUAUGCCUGAAGAGGUCCUUGAGAAAGUGGAUGCGAUGACACUUGAUCGAGCAGCGGUGAAGCGCUUCAUGGCUGAUGUACAGAAAGUAGAGGAUCAGUUCGGAUCAAAGAUCCUGUGUGAUGGAUAGCUAUCAGAGCUGAAUCAAACUUGCCGGGUGACUGUCCAAAAGGGAUGGC